AUGCGGCUUACUGAGACGCAAAGGAUAGAAGUUUUAAUCAUGAUUGGCUAUGGGAAUAGAACCAGAACGCAACAGGAAGUAUGCGAGUUAUUUAACCAAAAAUAUCCCGAUCGGACUCCAAUUUCGCAAUCAACAGUAAGUAAGAUUGAAAAAAAAUUUCGAGAAAUUGGUCAUAUAAGAGAUGCUCCAAAGUCUGGUAGACCAUCUAUCUCAGAAGAAACACAAUUGGAUGUUUUAUUAAGUGUCCAAGAACGGCCGCAUGUUACAACUAGAGAAUUGGCCUCAGAAUUAAAUGUUAGUAAAACAGCAGUGAUCAAAACAUUACAUAAAAGCAAAUACCACCCUUACAAAAUGCAAGUCCUUCAAGAACUUUAUGAAGACGAUUAUAACAGACGUCUCGAGUUCUGCGAACGUUUACAAGCUAUGUGCCUUGAGAAUGAAAACUUUGUGAAAAAUAUUGUGUUUUCGGACGAGGCUACGUUUAAUUUAAAUGGAGAAGUAAACACGCAAAACUACCGUUAUUGGUCGGACGUAAAUCCGCAUUGGAUGCGCGAAGGCCAUACUCAGUAUAGGGAAAAAAUUAACGUAUGGGCGGGUAUUGUAGGAAACAGUAUUGUAGGGCCCUUUUACAUUGAAGAAAGUUUAACUGGUGAAAGGUAUUUGCAGCUUUUACAUAACGAUGUUCUACCAGCCCUAGCAACGUUAUAUCCGGGAUGGCGCCCCGCCAAAUUACCAUGCACAAGUUCGCGCAUAUUUAGAUCAAAUUUUGCCGAAUAGGUGGAUUGGAAGAAGGGGGGCGAUCGAAUGGGCUCCAGGGUCCCCGGACUUAACCCCUUUAGACUUUUUUCUGUGGGGUUACAUAAAAGGAAAAGUUUUUAAAACAAAACCUGCAGAUAUGGAAGAAUUAAAAAAUCGUAUUACUCAAGAAAUGCGACGUAUCACACCACAAGUCAUUAAUAGUGUCCAGAAUGAAUUUAUUAAUCGGUUAGGUUAUUGCCAGUUAACAAAUGGAAGACAUUUUCAACAUUUGUUAAAAUCAAAUUAUGUAAACUAGGUAUUAGAGUUAAAAUGUCGUGUAAAAAUCGUAAUUUUUAAAAAAUGUUACCUGAAAACCAGUGGAUUCUAUUAAUUUCGUAUAAAUUUUUCUCUUGUUUGCAGCUGCUCAUGGCCUACUUUGACUUAAAUGUAAUAUCGAGGCGAUUUUUUUUAACACGCUCUAAUUUCAAAACGGUUAAAGUUAGGUAUAGGGAGUGUUACAUGAAAAAUGCUUAGAAUUUUACAAGAAAUCCGAAAAUGUAAAAAAAAUUGGGGGUGUCUAUUUAAAAAAACAAAGUUGCUACCUGCCCAGCUUUUUUGAGAACACCCUGUAUAUUAAUUUUUUCUUCAAAAAAAUCCUCGUCGAAAAAUAAAAUUGACGUGUCCGAGGGUUUUUGAAAAUAUCUCUUGGAUUAGAAAUUAUUGAAUUUAUUCCAUACUUUACGACCGCACUGUACUAUAAAAAUACAUGUAUUAUAAAUCAAAUUUUAUCAAAUCAACUUUUUCUACAAAACAAAAUUGAAAGAAAUUGUUUUUUUGUAUGGUAGAUUUAGGAUUCAGUUUAUCAAUUUGAUUGACAAAUAUUAUUGUUUUUCCAUUAUUUAGUUUAUUUCAAAAAUAAAAUUGUUUUUAAAAUA